UAAAGAUGGCCGACUCCUGCUGCUCGUCUUGUAUCCGAUUGAAGAACAAAUGUCCACGACCUAGAGGCCUCCUCAACCUCGUCAUCACGAAAGGGUGUGUGUUCGCCCUGCUCUUCGGGGUGGUGUGGUCUAUAACAGGAAGUGAGUGUUUACCUGGAGGAAACCUCUUUGGACUCGUGGUUCUGUUCCUCUGCUCGGUGCUCGGGGGGAAGCUGGUUGGUUUGAUCCAGCUGCCCACGCUCCCCCCCUUCCCUCCUCUACUUGGCAUGCUGCUGGCCGGCCUGCUGCUGCGUAACGUCCCGUACGUCACGGACGCCGUUUACAUCGACACUCACUGGUCUGCAGCGCUGAGGAACAUCGCGCUGGCAGUCAUCCUGACCCGAGCCGGACUGGGCCUGGACCCCUCGACUGAUUUCCCUACAUGUUCCUCCUCAGAGCAGUUCUGCGCUGACGUCCUGUCCGUGGCGAGGGAAGCCAGGAGACACACGCUGGGAGUUUUCCACCCGAGCUUCAGCCUGCUGCGGACCGUGAGAGCCUCUCUGCUGGAGAAGCUCCCGGCUGACGCUCACCUGAAGGCGUCAGGGAGGCUCUGCGUCUCGCUCACCAGACUGACUGAUGGGAGGAACGUCCUGGUGUCAGAGUUCAACAGCAGAGAGGAACUCAUUCAGGUUCUGAUGUGCAGCUGCUUCUUCCCUGUUUACUGUGGCUUCACCCCCCCUUCAUACCGUGGAGUGUACUACAUGGACGGCGCACUGAGCAACAACAUGCCUCUGUUCGAGCGGAGGAACACCAUCACCGUGGCUCCGUUCUCCGGAGAGAGCGACGUCUGCCCCAGAGACGGCAGCUUCAACUUCAUCGAGGUGCACUACGGCAACGUGAGCAUCCACGUGAACUCUGGGAACGUGCACCGCAUCUGGACCUCCUUCCUGCCCCCCAGCAUGGAGGAUCUGGCUGAGAUCUGCCAAAGCGGCUACAUGGAUGCUCUGCUUUUCCUGAGAGAGAGAGAUCUGCUGGGAACACAGAGUCUUUGUCCCGGAUUGAUUGUGGAAACGGACUCAGUGAACCCUGCUUGUUGUGAGCUUGUGAAAAAAAGAGGGUCAGAGGAGUUACGGCUGAGCGGACUGAACUCUGAUGAGAAAGAGGAUCUGUUUCUGAAAGUAGAGAAGCUCCCUGCUGGCAUCAAGAAAGUUCUGUGUGAGGCGUUCAGGGACAGUCGUGGUGGGGACUCUCGAGGGUCUCAGCUCACAGAGUUUCUCCCGGUGAAACUGGUUUUAUACCUGCUGUCUCUCCUCAUGCUGCCCUUUGAGAUGGCCUUCUCUCUCAGCAAAAGCUUGAUAUCAUCACUGUUGACCUCGACUGGAGAUCUGUUCAGGAACGCGUGGAGCAGUGGAGGCGAGGACAUGAACAGUGCAUUUCCAGAGCGAUACGCCUUUAACUCAGACAUAAGGAGCAGAACAGGAGAAAACAAUAAACCCUUUAGCUCAACAAAUACUACAAACUCCGACAAACUCUUCAUUGGGACACCAACGGAAACCUGGAAGUCUUCCCCCUCCCCUCCCCCUGCUCGGGUCCCACCAGCUUCCCCUCAUUUAGCACACCUGCAUAUAGUAAAGUGUCUUUAAACCACAGAAGGUAGCGGACACUUCCUCAGCCAUUAACCACGCACAAAAAUACAUUACCAUUAAUAAUGUGAAGGCUUUUAUGAAAGGAAUAUUUAUAUUGAAUCAAGCAAAAAGCAGAGUAGCUAAAUUAAUAUUUAUUAAAACGUCUGUGUAGAUUUUUGUAAUCAUGCUCAACAACCUUCUGAAAUAGAGACCAAAAGCUUAAAGGGACAGAUCACCUCAAAAUCAAGAAUACAUGUUUUUCUUCCAACCUGUAAAUUACCUUUGUUAAUCUAGAUGGUGUGGUGUGAGUUGUCGGCUGUAGCGAUUUAAUAUAUUGGAACUAGUUGGUGCUUAAAGUGUCAAAAAAAGUGCAUUUGAAAAGAGUGUGUAAUUCAUCACAAUGUUCCCUUAAUGUUCCUCAGAGCAAAUUCUUUGUAGAUGCUUUGACCAUGGGUGUUUCUCAAUGUCGAGGGAAGCUGCUCCAGAGCCACUAUUUCAAGGAUACUACGUAAUUGAGUGCCGCCGAAGGACUGUUCAAAUGUCAAGGAUGCUUGGGACUCUACCGAGGCUGGCGUCCUUCGUUGCGGGAAAUUUCGAGGCUGCACAGCGGUCUUAAA